AUGCGCGCGCCGUUCGACCCCGCGGUCUGCGCCGCUAUACUACUACUUCCCCUUGUUCUCCUAGUACACAGUCACCAAGAUGACAGAGGAUACCACGCAGAGAAUGGGUAUCAUGCGGAGGAUGGCUACAGCCAUGAAGAUGCUAUUGACGUAGCUGACAAAAACGUGAUGUGUCCGACGGACCGGCUGCUGCGGUCGCGGGAGACGUGCCGCGUGGACGGCGCCGACGCUCAGUGCAUCAGGAUGCAUUGCUGCGACUCGCACACGUACAUUGCUGGUCGAUGCAUUCCAAAGUCUGUGGAUCCGUGCAGCCUGAAGCUGUGCGAGCAGGCGUGCAACGUGCGCGGGGACCGGGUCUGGUGCACCUGUCACCCAGGGUUCCGCUUCCACGAGGACAACUACCGCAGGAAGGUGCAGCCUUACUGCGUUGACGUGGACGAGUGCGCGGAGAACAAUGGCGGCUGUGAGCAGCGCUGCGUCAACGACCCGGGCAGCUUCCACUGCGAGUGCACGCCGCCGCUCAGCCUCGCCGCAGACAACAAGAAGUGUGUCCGCCGCCUCGCACUCGCCAUACCUGAACCAUUGCCACUUGUACGAGCGUCUUCAAGAUGCUAUGCCCCGUGCGACACGGUGUCCUGGCUGUCUCGGAAAGUGAAGCAGCUAAGCGAUCAGCUGCACACAACGCAGCUGACGCUCAAGAAGUUGUUGGAAAACCCGAUGCUCAAGGGUGAAGAUGGUGACCGAUUCCCUGAGGGCACAUUCACAUACAGGGUGCUGGACUCCACGGCGCCGCUGGAGGGUGGGUACUGCCGGUGUGAAAGAGGACCCAGAGGUCCCCCAGGUCCCCCGGGUAUGGAAGGACCAAAAGGCGACAUGGGUCCCAGGGGCCCAAGGGGUGGGCGCGGACCCAAAGGCUCGCUUGACCUGAUGCUGCUGCUCAUUGCCGACAUAAGGCACGACAUACGGAACUUAGAAGCUCGAGUGUACAAGGAAGGGGAACAUCCCGAGCGCUUCAACCUGCAGAAGGCGUGGCGCAGACAACGCAAACAAGAGAAGUUAGAACGAGAGAGCCACGCCGAGGAGUUGGAGGCGUACACCGCGCCGCCAAUACACGAACACGACGGACGCGUCGAGAUAUAUCCUAAUGGUUUGAAUGGCGAAAUCACCCACAAAUCAGAAACUACCACAGAUUGGGCGCGGGUGAAGGGCGACCGCGAGCCCCCCGACCCCGUACUGAAUCUGGCCGACAUGGACGAGAAGCUGCGCCAGUUCCACUUGCUGGCCAACACCACGAGCCCCGGCGACGAGGAGUUGGACACGGAUUACGAUUAUAGCUUUUAUUAG